AGUAACAUGGUGACGUUGUUACAGAGCCGUGCAAGUGGUUCGCUGUUGAUGUUGUGCUCUUGUCGGAAUGAAUAGUAGUAUAGUUGCGGAAACUUUAAGGACUUGACUCAGUAAAUGUUAAAGGCAUUCCAUCCACCAUGUUGGAGUCUUACGUUACUCCGCUGCUGAUGAGCUAUGUCAACCGCUACAUCAAGAACCUGAAGCCAUCGGAUCUGCAGCUGUCGCUCUGGGGCGGCGAUGUUGUCCUCAGCAAGCUGGAGCUGAAACUGGAUGUCCUCGAGCAGGAGCUGAAGCUGCCUUUCACUUUCCUGAGCGGGCACAUUCACGAACUGCGCAUUCACGUGCCGUGGACCAAACUAGGGUCAGAGCCGGUGGUCAUCACCAUCAACACCAUGGAGUGCAUCUUAAAACUGAAGGAUGGCGCGCAGGAGGACCACGAGAGCUGCGGCUCCAGCUCAACCAGCCGCAGCGCAGCAGAAAGUGUUAAAUCAUUAGCCAAGCCGCGCCGCAUCCAUCAGGCAGCGCCCAGCGACCCUGACUUACCACCGGGUUACGUGCAGAGCCUCAUCAGACGGGUGGUGAAUAAUGUGAACAUCGUUGUCAACAACCUCAUCCUGAAGUACGUGGAGGAUGACAUAGUGCUGUCUGUGAACAUCACGUCAGCGGAGUGCUACACCGUGGAUGAAUUCUGGGACCGGGCUUUCAUGGACAUCUCCGCUCCUGAUCUGGUCCUAAGGAAGGUGAUUAAUUUCUCCGACUGCACGGUGUGCCUUGAUAAGCGGAACGCUAGCGGGAAGAUUGAGUUCUACCAGGAUCCUCUUCUCUACAAGUGCUCCUUUCGAACUCGACUGCACUUUACUUACGAUAACAUCAACUCCAAGAUACCCUCUGUUAUUAAAAUCCAGACACUGGUGGAAUGUCUGAAGCUCUCUAUUACAGACCAGCAACUCCCCAUGUUCAUCCGCAUAAUGGAGCUCGGUAUUGCCCUGUACUAUGGAGAGAUAGGCAGUCACAAAGAGGGAGAAGCUGAGGAGAUGUGCAGCCAUGCCAGGGAAACCGUGAUCACCAUUCCUGGUGGGGAGGGGGAGGCCGACGGCCCGGCUCUGCACGCUGGUCAGUACCAGAACCCGGAGCUGUACCUCCAGCAUGGAGUACAGGAGGACGACCAGGGCUGGGUGUCCUGGGCCUGGUCCUUCGUUCCUGCCAUCGUCAGCACCGGCGAGGAGGAGGAGGAGGAGGAGGAGCAGGAGGGGGGCUAUUACCAGCAGGUGGUGGAGGAUGGGCAGCAACGCAGCCUCAGACGCCAUGCCCCCAAGGACCCCAUUAUCUCAAUUGGCUUCUACUGCACCAAGGCCUCUGUCACCUUCAAGCUCACAGAAAUGCAAGCUGAAAGCAGUUACUAUAGCCCCCAGAAGGUGAAGUCCAGGGAAGUACUUUGUCUGGUGCAAGAGGGAAUUACUGUUGAGGUUCUCAUCAUGGGAGAUCCAUUCUUCGAUUGCCAGAUUGGCAUUGUGGGCUGCCGAGCUCUGUGCUUGAAGGGCAUCAUGGGAGUCAAAGACUUUGAGGAGAACAUGAACAGAUGUGAAGAGGAUGCGGUUUUCUUCAGUUGUGGGGAGAGCCUGAGCAGUAAAGGGAUGACGUACCUCACCAACUCCCUGUUCGAUUACCGGAGCCCGGAGAACAAUGGUGUUCGAGCGGAGUUCAUUUUAGAUUCCACUCAUCACAAGGAGACAUACACAGAGAUAGCUGGCAUGCAGCGCUUUGGUGCUUUCUACAUGGAUUACCUGUACACAAUGGAGAACAGCAGCAGCAAAGGAUCUGGGGGUCAGCAGGAGUUCUCCACACUGAACAAAGAGGACAGCCCCCCCAUGGUCCAGGAGACGUCAGUGAAGAGACUGGUCGUGGGGCCUCUGGACGUCCGCCUCCACAGCAGUGCGGUGCACAGAAUCCUCAAGAUGGUGGCCUGUGCACUGGACCAUGAGUAUGAGCCCUACAGCAGGCCACAGCCAGAUACUGUGGAUGAGAACAGAGUGCUGCCAAGCCCGGACGAAGUAGCAGCCUUGGAAGAAUUCAUCCCAACUCGGCUGACUUCUCUUACUGUGCUCAAAAUCUCCAUCACCAUCCCCAUGGCUGAAUUCAACCUUUUGGACUGCUUGCUGCCUCUGAUUAUGGGCAAGAAGAGCUUCUCGGCGCCCGCUAGCGCUCCGGCGUUCCAGCCGGUGAGGCCCCUCCCGGCGCUGAGGAUCCAGGUGGACAAGGUGAACCUGGAGCACUCGGUGCCGAUGUACGCCCCGGAGCUGGUCAGCGCGGUCAGCAGCCUCGGCCAGCCCUCCGACAACCUGCUGCACCAUUGCUACGCCCACUGCUACCUGAAGGUCUUCGGUUUUCAGGCAGGGCUGACUUGCAUGGACAGCGAAGGAUCGUUUCUUAACCUUAUUCCCAUCGUCCCAUCUUUCAGCACUGCUCUGUACGCCAAGCUGCUCAGACAUCCAUCGUACUGGACUAAGAGGCCUUUCGUCCCCAUCACAGAGUGCAUUUUUGAACUUCCAAACUUCGCAAUACAAGCCACUAGAGCCCAGACUCUCCUACUGCAGGCCAUUUACCAGAGCUGGGCUCACAACCUGGGAAAUGGGGUCUCUCUUGGGGUAAAUGAAGCCUUACUGAAUGAGGUCUACAAGGCGUCAGGUGCGAAAUCUCCGAAUCCGCCGCCGACUCUCGAGGGCUCCGUCCAGAAUGUGGAGCUGAAGUACUGCAGCAAAUCAUUGGUCAAAUGUGCCUCUGGGACUGUGGGAUCAAUAAAAGUCUGUGCCAAAGCCCCAGGAACAAAUGAAGGUAUGAAGGAGAAACUGGUACCCUUAAUUCAAGGACCUUCAGACACGAAAGAGCUGCACUUGCGCAAGUGGCUCAAUGAAAGCAGGAAGCCCGAGUCCCUGCUGGCACCAGACCUGCUGGCCUUCUCUGUGCAGGUCCCCCAGCAGAUGGAUGAUUGCCACAGUUCUGGUGCUGUCCUGCUGCUUAGCGUUCAGGGCAUUGCGGUCAACAUGGACCCCAUCUUUUGCGAUUGGCUUCUCCACCAGCCUCAGAAGGGAAGUGGUCGGCCGAUGCAACAGCCAACAGGAGCAGUGCCCCUUGCUAUACCUGGGACCAAGAAAAAGGAGGAUGACCAGUCAGUGGGAAGCACGCCUUUGUUGAAGCAGCCAUCGAAUCAGGCCUCUGACUACGCCAGCAGCCCUGUGAAAACCAAGACUGUAACAGAGUCCCGGCCUCUGUCCUUGCCCGUAAAGGUCAUGCCAAGAGCACCAGAGCCCUGGACAAGCUCGGAGGAGAAAAUGAAGGAGUUCAUUGGGCUGGUCUGGGACGGGGUGAAGCGCCUUACACUUCAGCUGGAGCUACAGUCGUGUUGUAUAUUCGUCCCAAAUGACAGCCUGCCUUCCCCGAGCACCAUUGUAUCGGGGGAUAUUCCUGGCACAGUGCGAAGCUGGUACCACAACCAGGCCAGCAUGCCUGGGACUCUAGUAAUAUGUCUCCCCCAAAUAAGUGUGAUGAGUGCUGGCCAUAAGUACAUGGAGCCACUCCAGGAAAUUCCGUUUGUUGUAUCCAGGCCGGUUCUUGAAGAAGGCGAUGCUUUCCCGUGGACGGUGAGCCUGAGCCAGUUCAGCGUGUACACUCUGCUGGGGCAGCAGCGCUCCUUCAGCCUGCUGGACCCCCUGGGCUGCACGUCCACCCUGGCCGUCACCUCCCACAAGCUGCAGGCCUCAGGCCCCGAGAUCCGGCACUCCUUCAUCGUCUGCCUCCAUGUGGACCUGGAGAGCCUGGAGAUCAAGUGCUGCAACCCACAGGUCCAGCUGCUCUACGAGCUGUUCCACAGCUGGAAUACGACGUGGACCAGGAUCCAGAAGCGAGGCAUCCUCCGCCAGGCCGCGCGCUUCCCCGAGCCGCCCGCAGGGGCGGCGCCCUCGUCUCCCGUGAGGAGCAGCGCUGGCACGGCGCAGCCCGACACCAGCACCUGCAGCCCCUCGGCCGACUUCGGCUCUCCCACCGAGGGGGAUUCUCUACAAACUGGAGACGACUCCCCUUUCUCAGACACCGUCACCUUGGAGCAGAAGACGAGCAGUUUUGGAGGAGCAAGCGGGCGGGUCAGCCUGUGGAUGCAGUGGAUGUUGCCGAAAGUCACAGUGAAGCUGUUUGCUCCAGAUCCUACAGCCAAGAGAAUGGAGACCUGUGUGAUCAGUGAACUGGAAGACCUCAGUGCCUCAGUGGAUGUUCAAGAUGUUUACACCAAGAUAAAAUGUAAAGUGGGCAGUUUAAACAGUGAUCACUAUAAAAAAAGCCUAGAGGAAGGCCAGCGCUCUCUGGGCCAUUUCGGAGGGGUGCUCCUCUCUUGCACUGACAAGCUGAAUAGACAUACCAUGCUGGUCCGACCCGUCAGCAAGCAAGACCCUUUCAGCCAUUUCUCUGGCUUUUUCCCUCCUACUGCCGCGAAAGUGCUGGAAGUGUCCCACCAGCAGCACGGCUUUCUGUCGAUAACCUACACCCAGGCGGUGACCAAGAACGUGCGGCACAAGCUGACCUCGCGGCAGGAGCGCGGCAUGCGGGGCCCGCCGAAGCUGUCGGAGGGCCUGGCCGACGGCUCCCCUCAGUACCUGCGCGAGAUCCUGCUCGCCGCCCAGCCCUUCGACGUCGUGCUGUCCUGCCCGCUGCUCGCUGCCGUGGCCGGCGUCUUCCAGGUCAAGCUCCCCAAGAGGCAGGGGGACAAGGGCAAGUCCGCAGGGCAGCCCAUGAGGACCCACACCCUGACCUCCCACAGCCUCCCCCUCAUCUACAUCAACACCAGCGUCAUCCGCGUCUUCUUCCCCAGCGCACAGGAACAGGAGCCCCUCACAGAGUGCCAUCUGAAGAAAGAAGACACCUUAGUCCUUAAGAUUGGCUCUGUGAGCAUGGCUCCACAAGCAGAUAACCCUUUAAGUAGAACUGCCCUGCGCAAGGAUAUUUAUCAGAGGGCUUCGAAUCUGGGGAUCUUGCGGGACCCGGGGUCGGAGGUGGAAGACCGGCAGUACCAGGUCGAUCUGCAGUCCAUCAAUAUCGGCACGGCCCGGUGGGAGCACCUGAAGCCCGAGAAGGAGGGGGCGAAGGGGGGCGCUCCCGCGGAGAGCGAGCGGAGCUCACAGAACCCGGCGCUGGAGUGGAACAUGGCCAGCAGCAUUCGACGGCACCAGGAGAGAAGGGCGAUCCUGACUCCAAUCCUGACAGAUUUCUCGGUUCGCCUGACUGCUGCCCCAGCUAUCAUAUUUACCAAGCAGGUGUCACCUGACAGCCCGCAGGUCGAGGAGAUUGUCGUGUGUGGCCAUUCCCUGGAAGUGAACGUGACCACAAGCCUGGACUUCUUCCUCAGCGCGGCUCAAGUACAGCUCCUGCAGCAGCUCCUCAGGGCCAACGUGUGGGGACUGGAAGCUUCUGAAAACACCACGGAGCUGUCGGAGCACGAGCAGCGGCAGAGCGCGUCCACACGGGGCAGCGCGGCGGACGGCUCUUCGCGGCACAGCGGCGCCCGGGACAGCGGCUUCGGCAGCGACAGCGCGCGCAUCCGCAUCGUCCAGAUCGAGCAGCUCAGCGGGGCCAGCCACCACCGGAUCGCCCGGCCCUCUCGCAAGUCCUCCAUCGUCAAGAACCUCAGCUUCAUCCCCUUCGACGUCUUCGUCACCGCCAGCCGCGUCUCCCUCAUGGCCUACUCCUGCUCCGCCGCGCCCGGGCCCACGGCCGCCGCCGCUGCUGCUACGGCGCCGCCUGACGGGAAGGAGGGGGAGAGGUCAGGCCGGAGCGCCCUGAACACGUCCGAGCCGCGUGCUGACCCGGCUCCCGGCGCUCCGGCCACGGUGCUGGGGAUAUCCAUGCUGACUGCCGACGACAUCCUCCACGGCAGCACCUCCGCCCUGGGCGGCAGGCCAGCCGGCGGCCUGCUGUCGCUGGAGAGCCUGAGCACCCCCAGCCGCUCCUCGGCGCGCCAGGCCCUGGGGGUGACGGUGGUGAGGCAGCCCGGCCGCAGGGGGGCCCCCGACGUGCUGCUGGAGCCCUUGCUCUGCCUGCAGGUGUCCCAGCCUUCCCUGCUGCUCAGCUGCCACCACAGGAAGCAGAAGCUGGAGCUCUCGGUCUUCGAUCUCGCGCUCAAAGGCGUGGCCACGGACUACAAGUGUUUAGACCCAGGAAAGACGCUGCCUGAAGCACUGGAUUACAAUGUGUUUUGGUUGCAGACAGUGGCAGGAGAAGCUGACAAAAAAACAGGCAUCCCCCCUCCUCUCCUAUCCCUGCAGAUCAAAGAUUUCCUGAACGGCCCAGCCGAGCUGAUCGUCGAGCUGUCGCGGCCUUUAAAAGCGAGCCCCACACUGGCCAAACUGGAACAGAUGAAAGCCUUUCUGAGGAAGAUAAUCCCCCACAGAGACGGCGACGGCAACAGACACGCACACCCCUCGGCACCCUCGUCCAGUCAGGAAGCCAAGACCGCGAAGGCCUCCGCCCCGGGCGAGAGCGCUCCCAGGCCUGAGGUAUCCCGGGAUGUUCUGGACCAGGACAGCUCUUGGGCAGCCCUGACAUUCUUCCACAAGGUCUCUCUACAAACCUCCCAGAUUGUGGCCGUCCUGGAGACCGAACCUCACCCCUCUAAGCCAAAUUUGACGGUGUCUGUGUCCGGACUAGCUGCCAGCCUUGCGAUGCGAACUGGACCAAAAACAACAGAGAUCAUCCAGGCUGCCUCUGUCCUUAUGGAGCUGAAGGAUGUGCUAGUGAAGACGGGCCUGAAGGAACGCAGCCGCGUCCUGCUUGGCCCCUUCUCUUGCAGCGCCGCCCUGGAGGCCAAGUGGUGUCGGCACAGUGGCAGCCCUGGGCCGGAGCAGGGCCCCCCCAAACUGCUGCUAGAUCUGAAAGGCGGGCUGUUGCAGGUUUUCUGGGGACAGGAGCAUCUGAACUGUCUGACACUUGUCCAGGAGCACCUGCAGGGUUAUUUCCAGAAGAGCUGUUCUGGAGAGACAAAGCCCAGAGACCAACCUCAGCCACAGACGCCUCUACCCCAGUCCGGACCACACUCCCUCAGAACUGAGCACACCUCCGACGACCUGAGGACAGGUCUCUUCCAGUACAUUCAAGACUCAGCCUCCCAGAAGCUCCCCGGUACACAUGAGGUGGUUUUCUACAAUGAGACGGAUGAGAGCCCGGGGGUCAUGCUGUGGAGGUACCCAGAGCCCAGAGUGCUGACCUUUGUGAGAAUAACACCGGUGCCAUUUAACACCACCGACGACCCUGACAUCAGCACUGCGGAUCUGGGAGAUGUGCUUCAGGUGCCCUGUAGCUUGGAAUACUGGGACGAGCUCCAGUGCUCAUUUGUUCCGUACAGAGAGUUCAGUCUGUCGGAGAGCAAAGCCUACGAACUGCAGCUGCCCAGCGUGAGCCGGACCAGCGAACAGAAGGAGCUGGUGGCCUCCGACCUUUGGAGGAUUGUGCUGAACAACACUGUUGAUGUUGGGGAUGAGCAGAGCUCUGACAGCGAGACGGGCUCCCAGCUCCCCUGUGAGCAGCUGGUGUCUCCCAUGGCCCUGGCUGCCUGCACCCGCGUGGAUUCCUGCUUCGCUCCCUGGUUCGUGCCCUCCGUGGGCGUGGCAGUGCAGCUGGCGCAGCUGGAGCUCCGUCUUUGUCACCACCUGGAGCAGCUUGGCACAGUCCCCGCAGGGCGGCUGCGGCCGUUCAUCCCGGACAGGAAGCUGCCCCUGGAGCAGGAGUACCUGGUGCUCGGCCUGAAGCAGCCCCGGGUGUUCGCGCGCCAGUGGAGCACGGGCACCUCCCUCAGCCAGGAAUUCCAGUUCUCCGCGGAGCUGGACUGCCGGCUGCUGGAGUACCGCAACCUCACCCUGCACAGCCUGGUCCAGCCCUUCGCCCUGCAGGGGCAGGUGGCCGCCUCCUGCAGCCCCACCGAGAGGCUCGUCGACGGCAACGUGUUCGUGGAUCCCGUCUUCGUGGGCGUCGGCCAGUACACGGUCCACGCCCUGGACGCCGCCGUGCAGGCCUGGCAGCAGAAUCGGCAUCCAGAGGCAGAAGAGCUGGUCUUCAGCCACUUUGUGAUCUGUAACGACACCCAUGAGACGCUAAGGUUUGGCCAGGUGGACACCGAUGAAAACAUCCUGCUGGCAAGUCUUCACAGCCACCAGUACAGCUGGCGUUCACACAAGUCCCCACAGCUGCUUCACAUCUGCAUCGAGGGCUGGGGAAACUGGCGCUGGUCCGACCCGUUCAGCGUGGACAACGUGGGGACACUCAUCAGAACCAUCCAGUACAAAGGCAGGACAGCCUCACUCAUCAUCAAGGUUCAGCAGCUUAAUGGAGUGCAAAAGCAAAUCGUGAUAUGCGGCAGGCAGAUCGUCUGCAGCUGCCUGAGCCAGGACAUCGAGCUGCGUGCGGUGCAGCACUACGUGGGGCUGGACGGCCAGGCGGUGGUGAAGGAGCACGUGGACUGCCUGGCGGCCGGGCGCAAGCUGCCCUCCUACGUGCUGGAGGACGCGGAGCUGACGGAGCUGUGCGUGCGCGCCCGCGGGGAGGAGGCCUGGUCCCGGGACGUCCGUCUCGAGCCGAGAGAGAGGGACAGCAGCUCCGUGGUGCAGGUGCCGUGUUCCAGCGGUUCACUCCUGUACGUGUGGUGUACCGUCGUUGCCAUGGAGCCAGAUAGCCAGAUGCAACAGAGGAUGGUCGUGUUCAGCCCGCUGUUCGUCAUGGUCAGUCACCUGCCCGACCCCGUCAUCCUGCACAUCGAGAAGAGGAGUCUGGGCCUGAGGGAGUCCCAGCUGGUCCCGGGCCAGGGCCGCGAGGAGCCGCUGCUCAACGUGGAGUCCGACCUCACGCAUCACCUCACUUUCCAGGCCAGGGAGGAGGAAGACGCCUCUCAGUGCGCGGUGCCCGUCUCCACAGCGCUCAUCAAGCAGAUUGUCAACAGGCCACAGGGGCCCAGUCUGACGCAGGUCCUGUCUGACUUCUACGGAGAGAAGAGUUCGUCCCAGCCACAGUGGCCUUAUGUCACUAAGGACCCAGACAGGAGCACCGCGGAGCCGCUGGCCCAGUGGGACAGCCCCAUGCAGGUGAAGCUGUCUGCCUGGAAGCCGGGCCUCAACACUCUGCUGAUCGAGCUCCUGCCCUGGGCUCUGCUGGUCAACCGCUCCCAGUGGGACCUCUGGCUGUUCGAGGGCGAGAAGAUCGUGCUGCAGAUUCCGGCCGGGAAAGUCGUCAUGCCCCCCAAUCUGAAGGAGCCCUUUCAGAUUGGCAUCUACUGGGCCAACACCAACACAGUGCACAAGUCCACCGCCCUGAAGCUGGUGCAUGACCUCACCUCCCCCCGCUGGAAGGAUGGGCCGGGGGCGGAGCUCGUCACCCUGGAUGAGGAAGGCUUCGUGGAGGUCGAGAUCAUGCUGGGCGCCCUUCCUGGACAUCAGAAAUUGUGCCAGUUCUGCGUUUCCUCGGCGGUGAAACACGGGAUUCAGAUCCUGCAGAUUGAAGACAGGACCCUGAUAGUGAACAACACGCCCUAUCAGAUCUGCUACAGGCCUGUUCUGUCUGAUGCGGCGGUGGGCAUGGGAGACCAGCCAUCUGACGCUCCAGACAGUGCUGUGUUCACCCUCGAGCCCGCUGGCGGCCAGUCCUGCCCCCAGCCUGGCUCCGUGCCCUGCUGGGACCUGCUCUCCCACUCCAGCCUGGCCGGCGCGGACGCCCCUCGCCCUUCCAGGCACCUGCUGCUCAGCUCUGUGCCCGGGCUGGCAGGCCGGAGCUGCUGGAGCUUGCCGGCCAGGAUCAGACCAGACUUCCCCAGGCAGAGCGUGGCCGUGCCGGCAGAGCCCUGCAGCCAGACCGGGAUGUGCACCAGAGCUGUGGUCCUGACGUACCAGGAGCUCCUGGGCGUCACUUACAUCACCCUGAGUGAAGACCCCUGCCCGCGUAUGAUAAUCCACAACAAGUGCCCAAUCCAGUUUGUCAUGAAAGAGCAUGUCAGAGAUGCUCCCAGGACGGAGGUGUACUGCCGACCCCUCCCCGCCGAGUCCUCCCUGCACCACGAGCUCUACCACCACUUCUCCAGCUUCCCCGACUGCCGGCACCGGGAGACCCUGCCCGCCAUCUUCCUGAAGGCUGUGCCGGAGGGCCAGCACGCGGAGGAGUGGAGCGACGCUAUCGACAUCAACAGCCCUGGCACCCAGGUGGUGUUCAUGCCAGGGUACGGCUGUGUGUACAUCGACGUGUUCCACUGCAGCGGCGCAGUGACGAUCACUCUGGUGCCGGAGGGCCAGGCUGACAUUGUUCUCAACCGGUGCCACAGGACGCCGGCGUCCGCCCUGGCCCUGAGAGUCCUGCUGAGCGAGGCCAGCCUGACGCUGCGCGACGACGUCACCAGCCCCGCGGGCUCCGUGGAGCUGCUGCGGCUCACGCUGUCCAGGGCGCUGCUGCGCGUCACCCCCGCGCCCCCGGCCCCUGCGGCGGAUUGGCCGGAGGAGCCGCGGGAGGUGGAGCUGCACUGCGCCAGCCUCCAGGUGGACAACCAGCUCUACAGCCGCGCCAGCUUCCACUUCCCCGUGCUGCUGUGCCAGGAGCAGCGGGCGGACCCGGCGCCCUGGUGCUGGGACUCCAACCCCGCGGUGUCGCCGCAGGCUCUGGAGGCGUACAAGAGCACCUGCUUCCUGCGGCUCGGCCUGGCUCUGUCGAGUGACGGCUGCAGCGUGGAGGAGGUCACCUUCCAGCUGAAGCUCGCCCGGGUCUACCUGGAGGACACGUUCGUGUACUACAUCAAAACGCUGUUCCACACCUACAUCCCCGACUCCGUGCUGGGCGGCAAGCCGGCAAGAGCCCCCUCCGCCCCGGGGGCCCUCACCCUGCCCGAUCAGGUCCAGCAGUCCAUUCAGGCCCUGGUCCACCCGGUGAAGCUGCGGAGACUGACCAUCCACCCCGUCAACCUGCUGGUCAGCAUUCACGCCUCCCUGAAGCUGUACAUCGCGUCCGACCACACGCCCCUGUCCUUCUCCCUGUUCGAGAGGGGGCUCCUCUACACCACCGCCCGCCAGCUCGUCCACGCCCUGGCCAUGCACUACGCUGCCGGAGCCCUCUUCCGGGCCGGCUGGGUGGUCGGGUCGCUGGAGAUCCUGGGCAGCCCCGGGAGCCUGGUGCGCAGUAUAGGCAACGGCAUCGCCGACUUCUUCAGGCUGCCCUACGAGGGCCUGACCCGCGGGCCCGGGGCCUUCGUCAGCGGGGUCUCCCGGGGGACCACCUCCUUCGUCAAGCACAUCUCCAAAGGGACCCUGACGUCCAUCACCAACCUGGCCACCAGCCUGGCGCGGAACAUGGACCGGCUGUCGCUGGACGAGGAGCACUACACGCGGCAGGAGGAGUGGAGGCGGCAGCUGCCGGAGAGCCUGGGCGACGGGCUGAGGCAGGGGCUCUCCCGCCUGGGCAUCAGCCUGCUGGGGGCGAUUGCUGGCAUCGUGGAUCAGCCAAUGCAGAACUUCCAGAAGACCGGGGAGACCCAGGGCUCUGCUGGCAACAGAGCCAAAGGAGUGAUCUCUGGGGUUGGCAAGGGUAUCGUGGGUGUCUUCACGAAGCCUAUUGGGGGCGCCGCCGAGCUGGUGUCGCAGACUGGAUACGGGAUCCUGCACGGGGCUGGUCUUUGCCAACUUCCUAAACAGCUCUACCUUCCAACUGAGCUGAAGUCUUCCCAGGCUCCCAACAGCCACGUCAAAUACGUCUGGAAGAUGCUGCAGUCCCUGGGCCGGCCGGAGGUGCACAUGGCGCUGGAGGUGACCAUCGUCAGCGGCUCGGGUCAAGAGCACCAGGGCUGCCUGCUGCUGACCUCCGAGGUCCUGUUCGUGGUCAGCCUGAGCGAGGACGCCCAGCAGCAGGCCUUCCCAGUCACCGAGAUCGAGUGCCAGCAGCAGCCUGGCCCGGACAGCCCGCUCAGGGUCAUCCUCAGGCAGCAGCGGGUGGCCUGUGACUCUGAGGGUGAUGGCAGCAGGGAGCGCCUGUCGGAGCAGCAGUACAGCCGGCUGGUGGAGUACAUCACGCGCACCUCGGCCCUCGUCGCGCCCUCCGGCGCCGCCCAGCCCCAGCCCCAGCCCCAGCCCCAGCCGGUAGCGGCUGAGCCCUCCCCGACUAUCGUCAAGACCUACACCUACCUGGUGGAGCCUCACUUCGCUCGCGUCUUCGUGAGCAAGUUCACCAUGGUAAAGAACAAGGCACUGCGCAUAGGCUUCCACUGACUGCACGAGGCGGCAGAGCUUUCAAAUUCAAACACGACACGUGCUGCUUCCUAGGUGGUCUUUCGUGGUUCUUCUAACUGAUUCACAAACCUGUUUCCGAGAUUGUUUACAUGCACACACGUUGUGUUGCACCUUCAUUUGGUGAGAUCUAACUGCAGAGUUGGACUGCCAGCUCCGGAGAUGACUGCCAAUGUUUUACUCACGAGCAGCUGACUUGCAAGAUAGGAGGACCCAUCCAGAAACCAUCACAUCUGAACGAUGGAGGGACGGCAAGUCUGCAUUUAAAUGCUGCCAACACCUCCUUGGUCUGGAUUCUCAAAUAUAUGUCAGGAAAAUGUACUUGUUUGAUAAGAUAAAGCCAGGUCUUCUCGCUGGUGAAACUUCCUGUUACUGCACACUCCUGCAGUGUUGGCAAAGCUUAUUUGAGAUUGGGCAGAAACCUUUGAUUUUACCAUUUAACGCCUACAAGUACUGUUUACCAGUACCUGUUAUCAUGUGCUAAUGCAUUUAAAUCGCCCACAUAAUGACUGCUGCAAAGGAAAACCUACUAAAUGUGUAAUGGAAGUUUCUACCAAACUAAUUGCAAAUUUAAAUUUUAUCUGUGCAACACAAGUUCAGCUACCCCGAAUCUGUGAAAAGUUAGUUUAUACUACAGCACUAUAUGAAAUACUAUAAUAUUCAUCUCAGACUGCUUACUGAUAUUUGAUUACUUUUUAUCUCGUCUUUCCUGAAAUGUCUAGAACUAUCCCGUUUUAUGUAAAAAAAAAUCACAUUUUGUAAACCAUCUGAGUUUUAUUUGCAUAUGUAAAUUCUAUAAAGAUUAUAUUAAAUAUUUAAUGCUAAUAAAA